GAGAGCCAGUGUUACGGGGAAAAAACCAAAGGCCUUAACGGAAGCGGCGUUUUGCCGCGUGCGGGGAUUAAUGUGUGUGUUGAUGAAGAUGAAAUUAAAUCUCUGCAAAAUAGUUGAUGGCUGUCGCCUUGGGACACUGACAAAUCUCGGCAAGAAAGGGAUUCAGUCGAUGGAAAUUCCAGGAUGUCUACUUUAUACCAAAAUGGGAUCAGCACCACACCUUACCCACGAUACACUACAUAAUAUUCAAGGUGUUCCUGUGGUUGCCCAGAUUCCACUUACAACGUUAGCAGAUCUUCAAGAGGUCUUGCAGGAAUAUAAAGAAGGAAUUGGAAAAUUCAUAGGUAUGCCAGAAUCAGUAUCAUAUUGUUCCCUUCAAGACCCUGCUGUUUGUUCCCCUCAUGGCUACAAUAGCACGAAGGCUGUAUCUAUAUGGAAUAAUAGAGGACGGAAAGAACUCACAGCAUCAAAGUUCAUGGACAUCCAAAAGGUUAUCCAGCCAGACUGGUUCCAGUGUUUAUCAGAUGGAGACACUAUUUCAGGAGAUAUCUCCAGAAAGAAAGCCAAGAAAUCUGUAGAUCGAUCAUUAUGCUUUUUGGAUGAAUGUCUACAAUUGCAAGAAAAUUGUCCAGAAUUGAAACAAAGUUUGAUGAUUGGCGUUAUUGAAGGUGGAGAUGUGUUGGAGGAAAGACUAAGAUCAGCCAGGGAGACUGCCAAGAGACCGGUGGCUGGAUUUCUUUUGGAUGCCUUUCAAGGAAAUACCAUGACUAAAGAGACUAAAUUGGAGCUCUUAACCUCUGUUAUAGCUGAGCUGCCAGAAGAUAAACCAAGACUAAUCCAUGGAAUUGGUAAACCAGAUGAAGUUCUGGAGUGCAUUAAAAGAGGAAUAGAUAUUUUUGACAGUUGUUUUCCUUAUCAGGUGACAGAACGAUUCUGUGCUUUGUCCUUCAAUUAUGAUUAUCAAUUGAAUACUGAAACAACAGAUAUAAAAGAAGAUGGAAAAACAGAGGUGAGGAAAGAUGAUGAAAAAACAAACGAUGAAACAUGCAGUGAAGCUCAAGAAAUGACUUCAUUUGAAAUACAUCUGAAAGAAAUAAAAUACCAGGAUGAUUUUAAUCCUAUAGUAAACGGAUGCUCAUGCUAUUGCUGUCAAAACCACAGUCGUGCCUAUAUUCAUCACCUCGUCAUGACCAAAGAGCUGCUGGCUUAUGUGCUUCUUAUGAUGCAUAACUUUCAGCAUUACUUUAGCUUCUUUUCUUCUAUCCGAAAUGCUUUGAAAGAAGAUAAGUUGGAUCAGUUAAGCAAGAUUAUCAGCAGGCAAGCCCUCUAAAGUCAGAUAUGUUAAAAAAAAAAAAACAGGGCUUCCCCAACCUGACUUACUCUUCUGGAUCAAGAUUAUGGAGAAGAGAUACUAUACAAUGAGGGUAGACACCCAUGAUAGAAGAAAAACCAUAUUUUGCCUAGUAUCUCAUAUCUUUUUUUUAAGUCCUUAUAAUUUUAGGAAAAAUUGAGAUUCUUUUUCAGAGGCAUUAAUCUUUGAAAAAGAUAAAAAUAAGGAUAUUCUCUAGAAGAACUCACAGACUUUUCUGAAUUGUAUUAAUGAUAUUAACUUAGGAACAUUUGAACUGCAAUAGGAAGAAAAGAACAUCAACUAAUCGGGGGAAUGGGAAAACAACUCCACAUCUUUUGAGAUACAGAUGUACUACUAUUGUAUAUUAAUUUAUUUUAUUUUUUAAAUAUCAGGAAGAGAUGACAUACAGUAGCUAAAAAUCAUAGGAAAAAAUAGUUUCUGUUAUGAAUUAUAUCUCACUUGGACACUUCUGAUGGUAGAAACAUUUUAAAAUAAUGCAUUCCUUAAAUUGUUCUGUGUUCUUGUUAGAUAGACAGUUUUUUCCAUAUGUUGUAAGUUACCUGCUAGAGACCCUGAUUUUAGAGCUAUCUAAAAGAUAGCUGUUUAUCUGAAGGAUAUGGAUUGCACUUUCAACCUUUUACAGUAAUGUUUUGGGAGGGGGAUGAGUAAGGUUUUGAUAGUAAAAACAAAUACAGCAAAUAAUGUAUUUCAGGUUUCUUUAGAUUAUUCGGUUCAAUUUUAUUUUUUCUACUGGGUUUUUACUACUAUAUUUGAAUGUUAAAAGUUUUUAUAAUAUCAAAUUUAUUUUACUGCAUGGGGAACUUUAAUAAGACAUUAUAUCUGGGAAAUGCAGUAAGGCAUGAGGGAGAGAAAGAGAGGGCGGGAACUCAUAAAAUAGAGAAAAACUGUGAGAGUGGGAAGCCCAGGCAAGAUGAUUCUGCAAAAAGCCAAUAUGAAGACUGGAGAGAUAGAUUGUCCUCAUCUCUCUUGUCAGAGCCAAGUCUAAUGGGCUUAAGAAAGAGCUGAUGUUUAAGCAUUACUGAAAACAACACAGUAAUUAUCAGACGUCAAUAUGAAUUUGUCAAGAGCAGAUCUUAAUGGACUUACCUUAUCUCAUGUUUUGAUCGGGUAUUCAAACAAGUAACACCAUUAUAAUAUGGAUUGCAUUGGUUGCCUGCAUUUCCAGAAGCAAUUCAAGAUUCUGGUUGUCACCCAUUAUUUUAUCAAUGGCUGGAGAAUAAAAAUGGAAAUUAGAAACUUAUAGAAGACUAGGGAAAAAUAGUAAGCAUGUGAAUAAGAAUUAAAUAUGGUAAGAAGGGGAAUGUUAUAAUAAUUAAAUAUAUUAUGUAUAGUAAUAUGAAGUAAGAACAGAGUACUGAUAUAAUCGUAAUGAAUGUGUAUUAAUUGUAAUGGAUAUUGAUCAAGAUAUUUGUACCCAGACAACGCACUGCUUAAACAGAUGAUGGAUUGUUUGCAUAGAAUAAAAUUAAAAAUGUAAUAAAAAAGAGAUUCUGGUUGUCACCUUUAAAGCUCUUCCAGUUUGGGACCAGAUUACUUAAAACCAUCUUCUUGCAGUGAUUUCUACCUGUCCAAAUUUGUCUGAUAGGUUGAGCGUGCUAAAGGUCCUGCCAGCCAAGGAACGUUGGCUGGCGGGGACUAGGAGACUUCCUUUUCCUGCCAUAGUCCCUACCCUCUGGAACAUUCUCUCCUCAGUUGAGGAUGGUCACUGAAGAGAAGUACCACCAAAUGUAUUUCCCUAAUAGAUGGAACUCUAUAGAUGGUGGGUCAGAUAGAUGUAACUGGGGAGAGGCAGUCCUUUAAAUAACUUGGUUUCAAGCGUGUUGGGCUUUAAAGGUGGUAGGUGGCAUCUUUAAUUGCACCCAGAAGCAAAUCGGCAAUCUAUGCAGCUCCUGUAAAAGGUAACAGGUGCACAAAAUUUGGCGUGCACAAAAUUGUGUGAGCCAAUAUGUUUUGAGCCAACUAAAAGUACCAGCUACUCUUCAAAGGUAGUCCCAUGUAGAGCGCAUUGCAAUAGUUCAAAGGGGAGGUGACCAAGGCACAAGUGAUUUGAGAAGGGCCUGGUGAUGAAUGGAUGUAACUGGCACACAACACACAGUUGUGCAAAGGGUGUCCUGACUAUUACUGCCACCAGGAGUUGUGAGUCCAUGAGAGCCCCCAGGUUAUGCACCAGGUGUCUGGGGUAGUGCAAUCUAAUCCUCGAAAUAGCAAUUCCCCAAGAGCCAAGGAGCCCUGCAUCUAAUGCUACUCAGUCUUGCCAGGGCUCAAUUUUAACUUGAUAUCAACACCCUCCAGGCACCAAGGGAGGACUGUUACAGCAUUGGAGUUAGUUCUGGAAGUUUCAGCAGUGCCACCACAGAAAAACCUCCUCAUUCUAGCUUGUUUGUUAAGUAAAGACAACAUCUGCAAUCACAGAUUUCAUGUGAAAUGACCUAGGAAAAGAUAUAGAAUAUCUAAAAUAAUACCUAGCUCUCAUUUCUGAGCUUGACUAAGCUUUGGAAAAUCAUGUUUUGGAAAAUAAUAAAAUUAGUUGUGAAUUUGUACAAUAA